UCGAGACCAAACAGGAGCACUUCAGCGUAUAGGGAACAACAACAAAACAAAACAACCAUGAGGGCUCUAGGCUGCAUAGCCUUCGCUGCGGCGAUGACGCCGGUAGUGGCAAACAUGCCACCCAGCGAGUUCAACUUUCCAAGCGUCAACAACGACACGGUGUUGACUGUUGCCUACACCUUCAAUGGAAACACCACCGUCGUUGAUCCCGGUACCAUGUUUGGCGGCAAUGUCGCCCGGAACCAGCCCCAGCUGGCCGUGGACCCGACCAAGUUCCGGUCACUCGCAGACUACACCGGGCAGUACGUCGUCAUCAUGAUCGACCCGGAUGCGCCGUCCCCAGAUAACCCGAUACGGCGGUCAAUCCUGCACUGGUUGGCGUCGGGCAUAACGCAGACGCUGGGGGGUGGGAGCGGCAGGAUCUCUGGCCAGAGGUCCUUGACCAACUCGACGCCGGCGACGGUGCCCUAUGCGGCUCCCGGUCCGCCGCCAUCUUCGUCGGCGCACCGUUACUUCUUCUACAUCUGGCAGCAGCCGCCCGGAUUCCAGGUCCCUUCAAGCUUCAACCCAAACAACCGUGCCAACUUUGACAUUGAGAACUUUGUGCGCGAAACAAACCUGGGCGCGCCGGCUGCGGCAAAUUACAUAUAUGUCUCGCGCCAGGACAGCGUCCCAAUGACGUUUAUUGCCUCCCCCGGAUCCGAAUAUCCUGGCGGCAACGGAAACGCCGUAUUCCCCAGGAAAGGUGACGGCAACGGCAACGGAAACGGUAAUGGCAACGACAACGGAGACCCAUACAAUCCAAACUAUCCUGAUGAGGGCGCUGCAUCUGGAGGCAUUCAAAUGUCCAAUUUUGCGGCGUUGAUUUCAUUUGUGGCCAUGGGCCUGGCCUGUUUGGUUUAG